AUGCAUGAUAUUAAUUUCAACAUAUUGAAAGAUAGGGCAAUGGACGUUGACCCGGAUAUUAGGUUUAUGGCAUUAGAGGAUUUGCGAAAGUUCUUGCAGGACGAAUCAGCAGCCCUGACAAGAACAACCCUUAAUCAAUCGUUGGAAAACUUCUUCCCUAUAUUACUCAACAUGUUAAACGACCAAAACCCAGACGUCCAGACCCAAGCAAUAAAAUCAUUUGAACCAAUGGUUAAAUACUUGUCAAAUGAGACUUUUUCGAAAUUGGUCAAGAAAUUAUUUGCCUUGGUUCAACAAAACAGUUCCUCAACAGGUAAUGUUACAGGGAUGAAAAGCUUUACAGUUUCCGUUCCUAACAUUGCACUUCGCUCUUUAUUUGCUCAAUCAAACUCGAGAGACAAGUCUGAGUUUGUGUCUGAUAAAUUGUCAAAUUCAAAUUAUCGAUUUGACCCUCAUUUGGCAAGAUAUAUUAUGGAUUAUCUUAUUCCUCAAAUCGUUGGCAAUCCCGUCACCAUUGACUCUAUUGAAUUACUAAUUGAUUUAGUCACUGAAAUUGGAUAUGUUUUGACACAAGAUGAAUUAUUAAACUUGUCACUUUAUUUAACCAAAGUGGCCUUGACUGAGACAGGACUUAUUGGCAAAAAAUCGAUGGUGGCAUUGGAACGAGUCGUUGCCUUGGUGCGUACGGAGGUGGUAAUCGACAAAUUGUUGGCUCAAAUUAAUCAGCUGAUUGAACCAACAAAAUUAUUUGUUAUUUUCCAAUUGUAUUCUGUUUGUUUGAAGCGUGGAAUAAAACCAAAUUCCAUUGAUACAAUUUACAAUACCAUAACAUCGAACUUGAACAUUGAAGCAACAGAAGAAGAAGACGAUGAUGAUUUGGAUUUUGAUAAUUUAGUCAAAGAAAACUCAUUAAAAGAUGAAGCACUUACCACUCUUAUUGACUUGGUUUCACAACACUUCUUGCCGGUUGAAUCCAAGAAUACUGUGAUUGCAUUAAUAAAGAGCUAUGUGAACUACAAUCCAUUAGCACAAGAUGAAGACUUUAUCGACGAUGAAGAAGACGAUAUUUCUUUUAGUGACGAUGAACAGGAAGACGACGGCGAUGGUGAGAAUGACGGAUCAUGGAAAUUGAGAGCUAAGGCAACGAUUUUGACCAGAGCACUUCUCAAGAGUUUCCCUGAUACACUUGAGCUUCUUUCAAAGGAGGUGUUACCCGUAUUUUCAUUUGCCGAUUCCAAUGAUCAAGUGGUUUCUGAAGUCAUCAAGAGUAGUAUCGCCAUAGUGAACUCGACAUCACCUAGGGAUUCAACUAAUGUGAGUGAGCUUUUUCCAAUCAUAGCUGCACGCAUGAAGCUAGCCAAAGAGACGCAAGUUCCACUUUUCCUCAAGCUUGUUGAAAGUUUGAACCGUUUUGACAACACUUCCUUGGUGCUUGAAGUAUUUAAAAUUAUAAAGGACAGAAAAUUGAUUACGUCUGGAUCAUUUGACUAUUUGCAAUUCUAUUCUAGUACCUUGAAAUUCCAUGACAACUUGCCACCACUAGUCAUUGAACGGAUGUCGUCAGAUUUUAUCAAAAACCUUGAUGAUAAAUCGUUUAAUAUGAUAACUGAUAGCAUCAAAUGCUUGAGUUUAUUGUUUCAUCAAGACAGUCUUGAAAAAUUGGAUGCUAUUGUGGAUUUAUUGAUAUACAAGGUGGAAAAUAGUAAGCAAUAUCCCAGUGACUUGGUACGUCAAUCCAUAAUUGCUUUGGGUGAGGCAUACGGUAGAGCAGAUAAACAAAAAAUUUUAAACGUUUUCAAACACUCAAUUGAAUAUGAAGGAACUAGCAAAACCACCAUAGAUGUUUUAACUCAGAUUUAUUCCACUGAUAUCCCAUCAGAGUAUUCAUAUUUGAUUCUUAAAAAAUUGAGUACAUCAAUAAUGUCCAGUACCGAGGCUACGUCAGUCGCAUCAUUAUUGCUUAUGAAUAAAAUAUUUGAAAGAUUACCUUCCGGAGAUUAUGAUGAUACUGCAGGAAAUCUUGUUCAGUUACUAGCUGUAACAAACAAAGCCAACUAUGAAUGCAUUUUCCAUAUAUUGAUAAAAUUGGUUGGCACUGUUUUGCAAGAAACCCACCGAGCACCAUUAUUACAAACGAUUGUCAAAUUAGUUAAUGAGGGGAAAAUUGAGGUCGCAGACAAUUCAUUCUUUCAAUUUAUAACAACGGCAUGUAACCAAAUUCCUGAUUUAUACAAUUUUUUCGAGGAUGGUCUCAACUUGAAUUCUGAACUAAGUGCUAAAAUUUUGGCAAUUUGUGCCUCGCAAAACAAACUCGAAAACAAGAUUAUGGAGAGAAGAGAAGAAUUUCAAAACUAUUACAACUCCAACAUCAAUGAUUCUCGACUUGCAUUUGAUAUCUUGUUUCUUGGUUACGUGGGUACACACAUUGAGGUGAAGGAGUUAGAUGUUCAAACUUUGAUCGGACUUUUGAGCAAUUCGCAACUUACCAAUGAUGACAAUAUUCUGGCAGCUUCUACUGCAUUGGGAUUGAUUGCUCAAAAACACAUUGACUCGGCUGUCCCUAUUAUAUUAAAUGCCUAUGAAAGUAGCGAGAAGACAAUUAUCAGAGGGUCAUUAGUCGAUUCUUUAAGUAUCGCUGCUGAUGCCUGUAACGAGGACCAAAAAAGAGUGAUUUGGGAUAAAGUUUUUAAUUUCCCCGUUGAGUUUGAUCACGAAGUGAUUACAGAACUAAAAAAAUCAGGAGAAUUAUUAGGUAAGAUUCCAGUUGUUGAUGAGCUUACAAUCAAUACAGACAAUUUGAAAACAACUUAUCUUAUUCUUGUCAUCACAAAGUCUUUGCUCAAUAAUCUUCAAGCAACAAAAGUUAACAAUACCUUAUUGGAUUCGUUGAUCAAAUCAUCAAUUGAAUGGCUUAACAUAGUGAAUAUUGAUAUUAGACAAAUUGUUGUUGGCAAUUUACUCACAGGUUUGCACAGUAAACCUGACACCAUCUUACCAAUAUUAGAUCUGAUCAUUCUUCCUAAAAUAUUUGACCAAUUGCAAGCCGAGGAUUCGUUUAAGAAAAUUAUCACUAUGGGUCCAUACAAGUAUGUUUUGGAUGAGGGAUUAGAAAUAAGAAAGCUUUGUUACGAGUUUAUUUAUUCGGUAAUUUCCUUGGAAAAUGCUGUUAUUAAAAAAUACAAUAUUAAUCUUGAAAAAAUUGCCAGUAAAAUUAUUGAGGUUGGUUUAAUCGACACCCAGACAGAUAUCACCGUGUUGGCUUGUAUUAACUUGACUAAUUAUAUUGAGUUACACAAAGACAGUGCUGUCGAGUUGAUUACACGGGAUGGUGGCAAUGCCUUUACUACCAUGAUUAACAAUUUGAAGAAGCAGUUGAGCAAAAAAUUGUCAGCAAAAGCAUCCACACAAGAUUCAGAAUCUCACCAGGAAAGAAUCAAGUCUAUUAUCAAAUUAUCGAAAAAAUUUGCCAGUGUUGUAGAAGCUGCUGAAAGCAUCGAGCUUGCUGCUGCUAUUAGAGUUUGGAAUGAAUACAACAAUGAUUUGAAAACAAAUUUUACAAUUUAUUAUAACAGUACCGAUGGUGUAUAG